AUGACGACUGAAGGUGGGUCAGAUACUGAAGUAAAAGAAUCAGAGAAGCUGAGGACUAACACAGUAAGUGAAAAUGCUGGGGAUGCACCAGAGAGUCAAGAAGAUCAGAAACAAAUAGAAGAAGGUUCUCCUGUCCUUCCAACUACAGCUACCCAAAAAAGCCCUAAAAGCUCAGGUGGAAAGGGCAUUUCUCGUUUUAUCCCCCCCUGGCUUAAGAAACAAAAAUCAUACAGCGUAUCAGAACCCAAAGAUGAAACUAAGAAAAGAGAGCAUCUAGCAUCAGAAGAAGAAACAGCAGUGGAGGAAGGAGAAUGUCAUCUUUCAGAAGAAGAAGCUCGAUCUAAAGGAAAAUUAUCGGACAUUUCUGAGAAUCUUCAACAAGCUGAAGUGGGUGGUGAUAAAGAAGAAAAACAUGUUGAGUUACAGUCCGAUAAAGAAGACAAAGAAAUUGUUUCUGAAGUUACUGAAAACAAGCAAGACACUGAAGAUCCGAAAAGAGAGACAAAAGAGGUUCAAACAAGUGAAGUCAAAGUAGAAAGAGUGCUUCAGAAAACUCCUAAGAAGAUCAGAAUAGUACAGGCUAAAGUUGUGCUUUUGGAUGGCACGGAAUACAGUUGUGACCUUGAGAAAAAAGCAAAAGGGCAGGUGUUGUUUGAAAAAGUAUGUGAGCAUCUUAACCUACUAGAAAGGGACUAUUUUGGCUUGUUGUUCCAAGACCACACAGAUCAGAAGAAUUGGCUUGAUUCUUCAAAAGAAAUCAAGAAGCAAGUUCAUAAUUUACCAUGGCAGUUCACCUUUAAUGUGAAGUUUUACCCACCUGACCCUUCACAAUUAACAGAAGAAAUCACCAGGUACUUUCUUUGUUUGCAGCUUCGUCAGGAUAUUGCUUCUGGACGUCUACCAUGUUCUUUUGUGACCCAUGCUCUACUUGGUUCAUAUACUUUACAAGCUGAGUUAGGUGACUUUGAUCCUGAGGAGCAUGAUAGUGGUUACAUACAGGAAUUCCAGUUUGCACCUAACCAGACAAAAGAAUUGGAGGAGAAAGUAGUAGAAUUACACAAGACACACAGGUGCGUUAUGUUCCA